AUGCCCGGUUUGCAUUUAAAACUAUUUUUAAAAGCCGGAAAAUUGUUAAAAAUUCGUUUACUUUUUUUUUUUAAAAGCAAAUUUAAAAAUUCCGUUUGGGGAAACGUUUUUUCGGCUUUCGAUAUUAUAAAAAAUAUUUAUUUCGAAAGCACGCUAUUUAAUAAUUGCGGUUUGCUUUAUAUCGUUAACGAUAAAAAACGUUUUAACAAAAGCUUUUUAAACGAAAGCAAAAACUUUAAGCUUUAUAACGUUGCUUUAAUAAAAAUUUUUUAUAUUAAUAUUAUUUUAAAAGCCCGUUUAAACGCUAAAAAGGUAUGGUUUUGCGGGAAAAACGCGAUUUUGCGCAUUAAAAAAAUUACCAACGGAAAAGUUUGGUUUAAUUUAUUUAAUUACCCUAAGUUAAAAUUAAGGAUAAAUUGGGUUUUGCUAUUAAUAAACGAAUAUAACGGCAAAAUUUGGAACUUUACAUUUCCAAACAAAAAGGAAUUAACGCUUUUUACGGGUUUAAUAACUAAUUUAAAACCGGAUUGGAACGGUAUUUACGCUUACGGGUGCAAAAUUUAUCCUUUAAACGUAAAAAGGUUUUACAACGCGGAUUUUAAGCAUUUUAAAAUUAAUUUUUAUGCUAAGGUUAAAUAUUUAAUAAGUUACCAAACUUCCAAUAUUUACCGAAUUUAA